ACGCGUCUCCUGUCAGUCAAAGGACAUUUAAAUGGCCACACUGUACGGAGCCGUAUUUACAGCACGUUAAUAACGCGGUUACUGUAAUAUUUGGGCAAACAGCUGCGUAAACACCGCCUGUUUUUCUUGUCGGCGUGUCUCUCUUUCCUCUGAACCCGUAUUUUAAUCGCUAAAUUUGUUUCGGAAAGCCAAAAAUAUAUUUUUUUUUUAAAAAUGAGCGACGAGGACGACUUUUUGCAGAAAGCCCGAACCGGGUUUGAAGAUCUGUGUCGAGCUUUGAAUAUGGACGAAGAGGCGAGCAGCGAGGCGUGGAAAACCUACGAAAACAUCAGCAGAAAUUUUACAUUAGAGGGCAGCGAGCUGCACUGGCUGGCCUGUGCUCUCUACGUGGCCUGCAGGUCCUCAGUGCCGACGGUGGGAAAAGGCACCGCCGAGGGGAACUACGUCUCUCUGACCCGAAUCCUACGCUGCUCAGAAAUUAGCCUGAUUGAGUUUUUUAAUAAGAUGAAGAAGUGGCAGGACAUGGCCAACCUGCCUCAGGAUUUCCGUCAGAGCACCGACAAGCUGGAGAGAAACUUCACCGUAUCGGCGGUCAUCUUUAAGAAGUACGUCCCCAUCUUCAAAGCCAUCUUCAAGGCCCCGUCAGAGGAUCCGCCCCGAGUCCACCGCAGCCGCAAACAGAGACGUCAUCCCUGCACUGUGACCGAGGUCUUCAACUUCUGCUGGGUUUUGUUUGUCCACGCUAAAGGGAACUUCCCGAUGAUCAGCGAUGACCUGGUGAACUCGUAUCAUCUGCUGCUGUGUGCUCUGGACCUCGUCUUCACCAACGCUCUGCUGUGCAACGCCAGGAAAGACCUGCUCAACCCAAACUUCAAAGGUCUACCGGAGGACUUCAGCAGUAAAGACUACAGGCCGUCCUCAGGUCCGUACUGCUUCAUGGAGCAGCUGUGUGAGCUGCACGACGGCCUGGUGCUGGAGGCCAAAGGAGUCAAAGAACACUUCUGGAAACCCUUCAUCAAGAAACUCUUCCACAAGAGGAUUCUCAGAGGAAAAGAAGACGGUCUGACCGGCUUUCUGGACCCCAUGAACUUUGGAGACAGUUCUUUGUCUCUCAGUCGGGUCUAUGAGGAACAUGUUCUGGCCACCGGCAGUCUUGACGAGAGGAUCUUCACCGGUGAGGGGGCGAGCGAAGACAUCGGUACCCCGGGGCCGUGCCUGUGUGAGGGGGUGGAGAACCAGGACAGCGCCACCUACAGGCUUCACACCAACCUCACAGCCUCGGCUCUGAAGGUCUCCACUCCUUUGACAGGGAGGAAGUACAUUCAGGAGAACAGCUUGGCGUCGCCUCUCUCGUCCGCCAUGAAGAGUGUCGGGCGACUCCACACCCUGCUGUCAGGAACCAAACAGGGGCCGAGCGCUAAGCUAACAGAAACUCUCAGGGCCUGUGCCAGAGACCCCAGUGAUGUCAUCAGCAAGCGCCUGAAGGACAUGUUUGAGCUCUUCUCUCAACAUUUCGAGGGCAGCGGGGCCGAGAUCAGGGGGAUGGGGAAAGACAUGGCAGUGAAGUAUUUCCACCUGGCGGAGGCGCUCUACUACAGGAUCCUGGAGUCCAUCAUAGAGAGAGAAAAGAUGAUACUCGGAGCCGCUGACCUGUCGUGUAUUCUGGAGCAGGACAUCUUCCAUCGCUCCCUGCUGGCCUGCUGUUUGGAGAUCGUCAUCUUCUCCUACAGACCUCCAGGAGAUUUCCCCAACGUGAUCAGCAUCUUCCAGCUGCCCGCUUAUCACUUCUACAAGGUGAUCGAGGUGUUGGUGCGGUCGGAGCAGGGUCUGUUUCGGGAGGUGGUGAAGCAUCUGAACCAGGUGGAGGAGCAGGUUCUGGAGAGCCUGGCCUGGACCAGCGACUCCCCGCUGUGGGAGAGCCUCCGCGCGGCCAAAGACCACGUCCCCACCUGCCAGGAGGUGAUGCCUCCUCAGUAUCUGGAACAAAACAAUGAAAGCGGCACAGGCAGCGUUCCCCUCACUCCCAUCAACCACGGACCUGACCUCAACACCAACAGCACAGUCAAAGGUGUGUCCCCCUCCCCCACCACCCUGCUGGACCGGUACAGCUCUCCGCCUACCGGCUCCACCCACCGGCGCCGUCUGUUUGUCGACCCGCCAGACGGCGAGCCUGGAGUCACCUCCACCAGCACCACCGGUGCAGCACCGACCGUCAUGACCAAGACCGGCCAGGCCAGCCUAGUCUCGGCCAUCCCAGCCGGGCAGACUGUUGUCAGCGUGGCAACCGCCACCGUUACCGCCAACAACGGGCAAACAAUCACCAUACCUGUGCAGGGUAUAGCCAAUGAGAGCGGAGGCAUCACCUUCAUCCCAGUCCAGGUGAGCGUGACCGGACAGGGCGGAGCCACGCUGCAGACGCUGUCCGCACAGACUCUGACCGGCACUCUCACCGUCCAAUCAGCCGUCACCAAACCAGCUGCCAAACCAGCCGGCAGCCGGCUGAGGAAAGGCUCGCUGUCUCUGUUCUUCAGGAAGGUGUACCACCUGGCCAGUGUGCGUCUCAGAGAUCUCUGUGCCAAACUGGACAUUUCCUCGGAGCUGAGGAGGAAGAUCUGGACGUGUUUUGAAUAUUCUCUGGUCCACUGUACCGAACUGAUGAUGGACCGUCACCUCGACCAGUUCCUCAUGUGUGCUGUUUAUGUCAUGGCAAAGGUGACCAAAGAAGACCAACCCUUCCAGAACAUUAUGAAGUGUUACCGCACUCAGCCUCAGGCCAGCAGCAACGUCUACAGGUGUGUGUUGAUCUCAGGGAGGAGGAGACGUCACUCGGGCAGCAACGACGCCAAAAGACACAACUCAUCUGCCGACACCAACCAGGACCCAGGUGGAGACAUCAGUCCAGUUCCUGUUCGCUCCAGCAGCACCUUGCCCACCCCACAGCCUGGCAGUGCCCCCUCCACCCCCAACAAGAACUCCUCCUCCUCCUCUUCCUCCACUGUGGGUGACGGUGAGGAGGAGCGGGGAGACCUGAUCCACUUCUACAACAACGUUUACAUCAAACAGAUGAGACACUUUGCCCUGAGAUACUCCCUCAGCUCGCCCUCUGCGGGGGUGGAGUCCCCCCCUCUGUGCCCGUACCCCACCCUGAGGACCGGGUCUCCCCGUCGGAUGCUUCUGUCCAGCAAACACUCCAUUUACAUCUCACCUCACAAGACAGGCUCCGCCCCCACCGCCACCACCCCCAGAGACAAGAUUUACUACUACAUCUGCAGCAGCCCCCCCAACCGUCUCCAGGAGAUCAACAGUAUGAUCCGGACCGGAGAGACCCCCACCAGGAAGCGCAGUAUGCCUCUGGAGGAGGAGACGUCACCCAAGAGGGUUUGUCCCGACAACCACUCUGCCCUGCUGCGCCGCCUGCAGGACGUCGCCAACGACCGCAGCUCCUCCCACUGAGACCGCGCACACACACACACACACACACACACACACACACACACACACACACACACACCUGAUCAUAUCGACUGCCCCAUCGUACUGUUAUACCACCAACAUUCACCUUCAGUCCCCUGACUUUUUAGGAGCCUUUCGGUGCUUUGUGCCUGAUGAGGAACAAACCGAGGUCACACACCUGUCCUACAUCGCUUUCAGCUCUCAGUUCUGAUUGGCUUAGACAAUUAUAAAAUACCUCAUGAACACUCACCUGUAACUGUAAUGUAACACUCAGUAAAUAAGUCAGCUGGCUGACCGAAAACAUCAUUGGCACACGAUUGCAGUCAGUGUCAGAAUCAACACGCUUAUAGGAAAAUUAAAAAAAAGUAAAAUGUUUCAAUCUGUAUUUUAUUAUAACAGAAAAAUCCGGUCUAGAAAUGUAAAAAAUACACAUUUUAAAGUGAGUGUUUAACAGUGUUGUGAGACGCAGAAAUGACAAAAAAUAAUAAUAGAGACACAAAAUCCAUAAAUAUGUUACAUUAUCAAUAUUGUUUAGACAUUACUGAGACUUUAAAAUGGCGGCAGCGGCAGCAGCGCAGUGUCAAACGCAUUUCUUCUGUUUAACAAACGUCACCGACUCGUACCGUUAGUGUUACGCUGCCGCUGCUGAACUCCUCUCAGCGUCUCUCUGCGUGUAAAACUCUUCAUUCCAUCCAUUUAUUCUCCGAUACAGGAAUGUAUUUUAUUAUUGAACAUUUUUUACAAAAAGUUUCUUACUGAAGUGACGGUGUGAUGAAGUAGCAGCGACUUUCUGACAUGACGUUUUAUUUUUACACUUAAACUUAUUUACUUAUAGUUUUAUUAGUCGUCCCCAUGUUUUCUAUGAUACUAAUAACAAAAUAUGAUUUAAUUCCGUCUUCUAUUUAACCGUUAGUUGAUUCAUCAUGAAAAUGACUCGUUAAAAAUGUCAACAUCUGUCAGUCAAAGGGCUCGAGGUUGACUGUGACUUAUAAUGUUUAAAUGUGAUUUUUAUCGUCACACCAGCAGAACGAUGGUCUCGUUUUUCAAAGACAUCCUCCUGCUGUUAUCAUGUAUUUUAACUCAAACUGUCGUGACGAGAAGUGUGUAAAUAUUUGUAAAAAAAAAAGAGAAAGGAAACCCUAUUUUAUGGAGGUGUUGUAAGUUAAGUGCCUUUAUUUUUUACUCCUGAAAUCUGUUUGUUUGUUCCAACAAACUUGACCUUUUAUUAGAUUUUCUUGAUUGUAAAAAAACAAACAGAAACCUCCUGAUGGAAUAAAUAAAACGUUUAAAGUGA